AUGCCCCGGGCAUUACUCGUCACUCCUGCCGCUUCGAAGCUGAUCACAGCAGCUCUCGACUUCAGAAUGACUGAAGACACACCCAAGAGGGCGGUCGCGGGUGCCUGGACCGAUGCAGACAAGCUUGACUUACUUCUCUCCAUCAUCGACUCGUCCGUCGACAAGAUCGAAUGGAAGUCAGUUCAAUGCCCAGAAGGUCGCACCAUCAAGGCCUGCCAGGUCUGGCUCGACAAGCAACGUUCUAUGCUCAAGAAGUUGAAAGGACUUGAACGCGGUGGCGGUGGAGAGGAAGAUGGCGAUCAAGGCGAUGCGCCAAAGACGCCAGCCAAGUCCAAGGCAUCUAUGGCCGAAGGUGAUGGCGACGAAGCUAUGCCCACGGCUAAGAAGGCGAGAACUCCACGCAAGGCCAAGACGCCUGCGAAAGUCAAUGCCGGCGUCGACUCCGAGGAGGACGCAUCGAAGAGCGCAGAGCCGGAAUCUGGUGGUGUUGGAGAGCAGGUCACGGGGGUGGCCGAGGGCGAAGAGAUGGCCGUCUGA